UGCUCACUCACUCCCACACGCUCUCUCCAUUUCACACUAACAUAACAAAGCUAGGGUUCCCCUUUUCCUCUGAAAUUGAAAAUCAACCCUUCAAAAAUUCCUCUUUCUCUUUCGCUACCAUGAAACCCCUCCCUCUUAAUCUUCACCACACCAUGCUAACGGAAUCCAUGACCCGUUUUCUAACCCAAUACCGAAACGGCGUCGUUCAGUUCAACGACUUCACCUCAAUCUUCUCCCGAACCCUUCACUCCCUCCCAAACCCACCCCUUCACCUUCUCUGGUUCUACUCCGCCCUCGAAUUCCACAACCUUCGCUUACAACCUUCUAGAACACCAACACCAUCACUUUUAGAAUCUUCUAGAGCUUCUCCUCCUCUGCUUCCUUCCGUUACUAACCUCAAGGACCUCUUUCAGUUGCUGGUUUCUUGCUCCUCUACCUGCGGCUCCACCAAAAGAAUCGCUGCACUCGCACCUUUGCUGUCUCAAUUGUACCGUUUGCUGGUUCGCGAGAAGGGAUUGGUAAAGAGCGAGGAGGGUCAGGGUUUGAUCGAAGGGAUCGUUGGUUAUUGCAGCCUUGCUUGCAGUGACGCGCUUCGUGGCCAUGGUGGUGAUGAAGAUGAAGUGGUGGUUUUGGACUCGGAUUUUGUGGAUUUAAUUAGGGUUUGGAUGGUCGAUGAUGAGGAAAGUGGGAGUGAUGAUUGUGUGAGGGCGUUCUUCCCUUUGGUGAGUGAGGGGUUUCUGAAAGAGAUGAUGAUGAUGAAGAAUGGUUGCGAGGUUGGGUUCUUGUCUGGAGUUGUCAUGUGCCAAGCUCUGUUGUUGAAACUGUGCUUGGAGUUUGAACCAUGUUCUGAGAGAUUGGAGAUGGAGAAGAAGCUUCAGGGUUGUGCUGUUCAGACCAUAACAGGGUUUAGGAAUUUCUGCCUUUUAGAUAUUCUUUUCAGGAUGAUGUUGGAGCCAGUUUUGCCAGUGAUCUCCCUAUUGGGUUUGGAAAAUUCAGUUCUUCUAAAAGAUGUCCUGUUCAAUUCUGUGAUGAUGAUAGAGUAUUCAUUCAUCAAUCCUCAAGCAGGAGUUUCACUACAUGCCAAGAACUUGAAAGAUGUUGCUAUAACCUGGUUGUUUGUUGCUGACUUAGCUAUACAUUCUGCUAGGGAAAAGGGCGAUCAUGGCAAGGCUAUGUCUUAUGUAAAUGGCUUCUCCAAAUCCUGCAUACCCGUUCAGUUGAUCAACUGGGUUAUUAAUCAAUUUGGCAUAACUAGAAAGAUCAGCAGACCAAAUGUUUCCACCCCCAUAGCCCUUAUAAAGUGGCUUCUAGAUGUUCAGGAUCAAGGAUUGGCAGUAUUUGGGGGUGCCAAUCAUCGUGCUAAAGCUAACUUUUUUACUUCAAGAUCUGAGUGUAUGCUCCCAGUGAUAAAACAUUUCUUUAACAACCUGGAUAGGAAUCUCCCUGCUAAUUCCAUUAAUGGAGUGAUAGAGCCUGAAAAACCAGAUGGUGAUAUAGAGAUGGUUGAUAGUUUGGAUGUAUGUUUUGCUGACGAUGAUAAUAUAAUGAGCACACCCAACACUGAUGGAACAAGGAAACGCAAAGAAUGGAUUGAGGAUGAAACUAAAAUGCAGUUAAAGUUUAUGAGAUGCCACCAGUUUCAAGAGAAUUCAGUGAGAGAAAACUCAUUUGUUUUCAGGCAAUAAUGAUGCUUUGGAAUAGUGGAACUGUGGAAGCAUUACUUGGGUUUCAUGGAGUUUCCAAAGUAAUGGAGCAAUGUGAUAAUGUUGAAAAGAAAUACUCGUGAUAUGAGGACGCUGCUGCUAACAAAUUUGACUAAUUUUUUUUGUCCCACUUUUGGUGCUAGUAAAAUUGGAGACACCAACUUUAGGGUAUAUUAUGGAAAUUCAUCAUACCCUGGUUAGCAUUAUUUGGAGAGAAAAAGAGUAAAAUGGUCUUUUAAAUUCAAACUCAGAGAGGGCAUAAUAGAUACUAUUAUUAACUGGUAAGACUUGUUUGGACUUAUUAUGUAUUAUGUAAUUAGGAGGAAGUAGUUUAAGAGUGAGCAGGAGAAGGCUUUCGCCCUUUUCAUGAUGAUUAAUGAUUAGUGGUGAUGAAGACACUUGAUUAUGUAACAAGCUAAAUCAAAACAUCCAUACUUUGUUGAGGGCAAAA